UUUUUUUCUCUUUCUCUUUUUACUGCUUUCGACCACUACUUCCAACAAUGACACUCCAUCCUUCGCCUCCUACAGACCAUCCUAUUGUAGACAUUUUGAACAUCAAAGACGGUGAAACUGUACAUCAAAGGUUUCUUCUAGUACUUGGCCGUAUAACAGGACCUGCUACAUCUCAACAUCGAACGUCCAUCACAGUAGUAUGUCAAGGAUUUCCUUCAACCCAAUGGCCCUGUCUACAACACCAUUUCAAAGCCUUGGUACACCUCAACAGUGGACCUAAUACGAUCACUUUCAUGCUGGACAGCCAUACCACGUUCUCGUUCCAUGUUUACUAUCUCCCACUUUUGCAAAAUCCACCACUGUCCUUGGUCAUCCUUGUUGCUCAUGAUUCACCUUGUCAGUUCGACACACCACCGGAGAAACAAGAUGAAAACGGGUUGGAGGUAGCGAUAGAGAAACUACGUCUGGCCGGUUACUUGUGGCAAAGUUUCUGUGCAGAGCAAAUGCAUCGUCAUGGUAUGGGACGUCGUACGUUUCGUUUGGAGGAAGCUUGGUUACCGGAUACUGUCAGUCAAGCUGCUGGUUAUUAUCGUCAUCAACAAGCCAAUACUGCGUUGGUCCGUGUGCUUCGAUCACAACAUUCUUUACAAACACUUCGGGAUGCGCGUCGUGCUCAGCAAAACCCUCAUCGGGACGAUACCUUACCUAGUCUCUUUGAUCUGUUCAUGCAAGAUAUUCAAGCUUCUCCUGAUUUUUUUGCUAACGAUUGUCUAGUGGCAGGGUUGAUCUUGGAUGCCCAUUGGGAUACACAACAACAAUUGGUGGUGGGUCAUGCCGCAUUGGGGGGUGGGGUGGGUAACAUUCGCUUGGGUAUCUUUGGUUCUCACGCGCUUCAUGCUUUUCCUCGGUCCAUCGAACAUAUUGUGCCUGCUAUGUUGGAUACAACUCUCACUGAUACUCGAUAUGUGGCCAAUGAUGCAAAUGAAUCUAGUACUUGGUGGAAAGCUUUGAAUAUUGGUAUGGGUGCAAUGUUACACGAAGUAGGUCAUGCCUUUACAUUAUCACAUACUCCAUCUGGAUUAAUGGCAAGAGGAUUUAAUCAUUGGAAUCGUACAUUCAUGAUUCAUGAACCAGGUAGACCAGGAAUCAUCGUUACUCCUGAAGACGAAGAAGGAUCGAAAUGGCAUCGUGUGGAUAUUCUUCGGUUACGAUACCAUCCUGCUUUCCGUUUACCACUCGACCCUGAUGUGAGUGUGCCAGGAGCAUCAGCUGGGCCAAGAUUUGAUGCUCUGAGUCGAGACCAAAUCCAAAUCUCAAGUCCUACUGGGAUCACGUUGGUGGAACUUUGGGUGAAUGGACACUAUGUGGAUCAUUACGAAUACCUGGUCGAUCAUCAGCAUCAUCAUCUUCUUCCAACACAAUUAGUAUUUUCUCUUCAACAACUAGAACAAAAGGCACAUUGUCAUCAUCCGGAUGUAUUGAAACUGGAAGUCACAUCACCGCGACAACAUACCGAAGUUUUAGAAAAUACGGCACAAUUCUUACAUGACAGCAUUGUACGGUUACCGGGAGUACCACAGGAUGUCAUCCAAGGGAAAGGAUUAGGUCAACAAGGAUUAGGUGGAGCAAAUCAACCAACAUCCAAGGUGAUUUUCUUGGGUCAACCGCUUGUUACUGGCAUCAGGGUGUAUUCGGGCUCCUUUUUGGAUGGUGUGGAAUUCUUUUUUGCCAAUGGAACAACAGCACUCUUGGGAAAACGUGGUGGUCAUGCCAAUCAAAUAUGGUCCUUGGCACCCAACGAACGUGUCACUGGUUUGACGGUACGAUGUGGUGCUUGGGUGGAUGGCCUGGCCCUAAUCACUAAUCAACGGCAAAGUCCAUGGUAUGGAGGUCAAGGUGGUGGAAUGAUGUCUGCAAUGCCACCAAGUGGUUAUCAACUUGUGGGUUUUUAUGCUUCUGCUGGCGCUUGGAUGGAUCAAAUUGGUAUUUAUUAUAUUCCCCUUUAGAUAGUUAGUUUAAAAAUUCUAGUGAUCUUUUUUUUUUUUUU